UUAGCAAAUGCUUUGGGCUUUGUGAGUGUUGUAGAAAUGUCUCUGUGUAAUAAAGUCUUCGCUGUUAUUUUAAUAUUUGUGAUACUUCAUGGAAUACCGUCCGAUGGACAAAAGAAGAAAGAGACUGUCUUGUCAGAGAAGGUUGGACAGAUGAUGGAUUGGGCUAGUAAAAGAGCAGUAAUCCGUAUGAAUGGAGACAAGUUUCGGCGGUUUGUGAAAGCCCCACCGAGAAACUACUCUGUUGUGGUGAUGUUUACAGCACUGCAGCCGCAGAGGCAGUGCGCUGUGUGCAAGCAAGCAGAUGAAGAAUACCAAAUCCUGGCAAACUCAUGGCGCUACUCCAGUGCCUUCACCAACAGGAUCUUCUUUGCUGCUGUUGACUUUGAUGAAGGUUCAGAUGUGUUCCACAUGAUGAAUAUGAAUUCUGCUCCAACCUUCAUGAUUUUCCCGUCCAAAGGGAAGCCUAAAAAAGCUGACACGUACGAACUUCAGGUCCGCGGCUUUGCUGCAGAGCAGAUAUCUCGAUGGAUUGCUGACAGAACUGACGUCAGUAUUCGAGUAAUAAGGCCACCAAACUAUGCUGGACCUUUGAUGCUGGGAUUCUUGCUGACUGUAAUUGGAGGGCUGGUGUACCUGAGAAGAAAUAACCUUGAAUUUCUUUAUAAUACAAAUGCCUGGGCAUUUGCUGGUUUGUGCUUCGUGCUGAUCAUGACUUCAGGUCAGAUGUGGAACCACAUACGAGGGCCUCCCUAUGCCCAUAAGAAUCCUAACACUGGACAAGUGAGUUAUAUCCAUGGAAGCAGUCAGGCCCAAUUUGUGGCUGAAACUCACAUUGUGCUUUUGUUCAAUUCUGCGGUUACGUUGGGUAUGGUACUUUUGCAUGAAGCUGCAACUUCUGACAUGGACAUAGGAAAAAGGAAGAUUAUGUGUGUUGGUGGCAUUGCAUUGGUCGUGCUCUUCUUCAGCUGGUUGUUAUCAAUCUUCAGAGCCAAAUAUCAUGGAUACCCUUACAGUUUUCUUCUGAGCUAAAUGGAGCCCAGUGGCAAACCCAUUUAACUUGCAAUUGAAAAGGCUGAGCUAGGAUAUUUGAAGUGGUCAGUGCUACCUCUAAACGCUGAUAUGCGAGGUACGACCCAUGGAACACUGGAACCAAAGACUGAACAGUGCCUUAAUAUGUUGGCUGGCAUUUUUUUUUUACUUUUGUCAUUUUGUAGUGCUGCAAUUCACUACCCUUUUUUUUUUUUUUUUUUUUUUUUUUUUUUUUUUUUUUUGCUUUCUAGAUUCUUUGGUUUUAAUAUGGGGGGGUGGAUAUAAUUCUGUUUUGGUUUAAUAAUAAAAUAUGUCCUCAAUUAUAUAACGAAAGCACAUAAGUCAUUGUGUGCCAAGGUAACAGAUCCCAUUGCAUAGCAAUGCAAGCCAUUUCAGGUUUUACUAGUUGAAUCAGUUGACAAUAUGUCCAGUUAUUUGUAAAGCCUGGAAUGACUAAGUGCUAUGAAACGGGAUUCUUGUCUUACCCUGUGUGGUCUUGUUAAGUUGUCAGUUUUAAGUUCUGUGUUCUGAACUAAGUAAAUUAAAAAAUGUUUUGGCAAAGAGUAAACUCUGUAUAAGUGCAUUUUUAAUAAUUGAAAAUAUUAUGCAAUGCUUCUCGUGGUAAAUUUCUUUCUUGCAGUAAAGUGCCUUAACGUACUGUAGUUUUAGAUUUUCAUUUCAAAGGGCUUAUUUCUAGACUCAUAUUUUUAAAAAAUGUAUUCAAGACAGCAGUGCCCAGAAAGUGAUGACAAACAACUUGAUGCCAUUCAAUUUGUUCACAUUUUGCAAUAAAAACUUGAAAUGCUGUUUUCA